AUGCCGCGGAUGGCGGCGGCCAACGCGUUCCCUCUCUCAUUCUGUCGCUCCGCUUCUCCUCGUCCUCGCCUCAUCCCUCUCCCUCUAAACCACCGAGCGUCCAACUUCAUGAUGCAUCACGAACCGGACGCAAAGAUGUUCGAUCCGGCGACGCAGAAGAAGACGGUCGACUCCGGGGCUCCGGCCUCUGACAUCGAAGACACCUCCGUCAGCUCGGCAAAAGACAUUCUGGAAAAUGAGGGCGAGGACCCCGUGCUCGCAAUGAAAAUGCACCUCGUCAAUGACGCAAACGAUGAAAUUGGCUGGACAAACUUCCACUGGAAGCUCUUCGUCCUCAAUGGCUUCGGCUACGCCGUCGACUCGCUCAUCGCCUUGGUCCAGUCCGUCACCAACGCCGGUGCGAUGCUCGAACUCGGCAAGCCGUCCACCUACUCGAACGCCGGCACCGUCUCGCUGUACGUGGGCCUGCUCAUCGGAGCAAUUUUCUGGGGCUUCGGCGCGGAUAUCAUCGGACGGAGGAUCGCGUUCAACGUUACGCUGCUCAUCACGUCUCUCGCGACAAUCGUCUCGGGUGCGAGCCCCAAUAUCGAAUCGUGGGGCUUCUUCACCGCGCUAUCGGCGUUCGGAGCUGGUGGUAACCUGGUGCUCGAUCCGACGGUCUUUCUCGAAUUCCUUCCGAGUAAUAAGCAGUGGACAGUCACGGCGCUUGCAUUGUGGUGGGGUUUCGGACAGGCUCUGGUGGGCUUCAUUGCGUGGGGAUUCUUGACCCAGGAGCGAUGGAAUUGCACCGAGGGUAUGGACUGCAACUGGUCCAACAACCCCGGCUGGCGCUACGUCUCCUUCACUUCGGGUGCCUUCGUCUUCGUCGCGUCUGUUGCGCGAGUGACCGUCAUGCGCCUGCAGGAGACGCCAAAGUACCUCCUCAGCGUCGGCCGCGAUGAAGACCUGGUGCGCAACUAUCAAAAGAUGGCGCAAAAGUACAACCGACCCUGUUCGCUCACGCUGGAGAAGUUGACGGCGUGCGGCCAGAUCAAGAACGCCGGCCAGAGCAGAAACAACUUCAAGUUUGUGCUUCGCGAGUUGGGUGCUCACGUCAAGGGUCUCUUUUACACCAAAAGAAUGACGCUUAGCACUGUAUUGGUUUGGUUGUCAUGGACGCUGAUCGGUCUGGCUUAUCCCCUGUUCUACGUCUUCCUGCCAUCAUAUCUUGCCUCGAGAGUGCCGGACAGCACCGAGACACCAUUCGAGACGUGGCGAAACUACACGUUGACCAAUAUUUCUGGCAUUCCCGGUCCGAUCAUCGCUGGUUACCUUGCCAAUCUUCCUCGCAUCGGCCGCAAGCACACAAUGGCCAUCGGCGCUUUGCUCUCAAUGGCGUUCUUCUUUGGUUACACAGCAGUGUCGACCGCUGACCAGAACAUCGGUCUCAGUUGCGCGAUUGCCUGUGCAAUCAAUAUCUACUACGGUACACUCUACGCCUACACAGUCGAGGUUUUCCCCUCAGCCCAUCGCGCCACGGGUAACGGUAUCGCCGUCGCCUUCAACCGUCUCAUGGGUAUCGUGUCUGCUUUCGUGGCGAGCAGCGGCAACACCGCCACGUCGGUUCCUUUGUAUGUCUGCGCGGCACUAUUCGGAGUCAUGGCCGGCGUAUCCGCCUUGUUUCCCUUUGAGCCAUAUGGAAAGAGAAGCUCCUAG